AUUGUAACGCAAGGGUAGUUUGUUCAUUUCACAGAUCAUACAAUUACAAUCCAUGUAAUGCCAACCAGGAACCUAGAAAUUCUAUCAAUUGUCCUCUCUGGCUCCCACUUCCAAUCAUAGUGUUCAAAAAAGCUAUGUUUGUGUUACCUUAAAAAACCCUGUUAAAACCUCAAACACCAAACUUCUCACUCAAAAAGCUACUUCAUUAUCUUCCUUUCCUCCUUCACUAUCACUACUACUACUCAUUCUCAAGUCUCUCAACAUGUCUAUGCCACCGCACAGAUCUUUACAGGCCAUCUUUCUUGUCUUGUUUGUUGUUGUUCUUCUUCCUUUCUCAGUCUCAGUGGCAGCUUCAUAUUCUUCUAUUCAUGAGCUUCUCCGAAGCCAUGGCCUACCAGCAGGGCUGUUUCCAGAGGGUGUAAAGUCAUACAAUUUGGACCAAAGGGGUCGUUUGGAGGUAAACUUGGAUGGUCCUUGCAUGACCAAGUAUGAAACAAGAGUUUUGUUUGAAACUGUGGUUAGAGCAAACCUUAGUUUUGGUCAGCUCAAGGGGUUGGAGGGUCUGUCUCAGGAAGAGCUUUUCCUAUGGUUACCAGUGAAGGAUAUCAUUGUGAAUGAUCCAUCUUCAGGCCUUAUUCUCAUUGACAUUGGUCUUGCACAUAAACAGCUCUCUUUGUCUCUCUUUGAAGAUCCCCCAGUUUGUAGAUCCCAAGGUCUUUCACUUAAUAUUGGUGGAAGGAAAAGCAUUGGAUUUCAAGACCAGAGAUGAAAGAUUGCUUGUUUAUCUGAACAAAAAAACGGUUAUGGUAUGAGUGUCCAGGUUGGUGUUAACAUAUGCCUUUUUUGGGAGGGGUUGGAGGACACAAGAAGAUGAACUGACUUUAUAAUCUCCUUAGGAGAAAAGAAAGUACUCAAUUUUAGUGGCUAGUUUACAGUAUACUGAAUUUGCAUUAUCCAACUGUAACAGUAACAACUGACAUAUAGUUUUUGAUUUUUCUAUUACAUAAGCAAUCCUCUCAAAUCCUAGUGGUACCGUAAUCAUGACCCGACAAUAAAAUAACUAAUAGUCUAUUUCAACUUGCUCUGUAUGUCAUUGAUAAUAUCUUGCAACAAACUCUUGGUUUGAUCAAUUGCAAGUCUUUCA